UUUGCAUCUGUGUUUCUUGCAGGAGGUGAAGGUUAACUGGGCCACAACCCCAACGAGCCAGAAGAAAGACACAAGUAGUCACUUCCAUGUUUUUGUUGGAGACCUGAGUCCAGAAAUCACCACAGAUGACAUAAAAGCAGCUUUCGCUCCAUUUGGAAAAAUAUCGGACUGUCGUGUCGUGAAAGACAUGGCCACAGGUAAAUCUAAAGGCUACGGGUUUGUCUCCUUCUUCAACAAAUGGGAUGCAGAAAACGCCAUCCAGCAAAUGGGAGGGCAGUGGUUGGGAGGCCGACAGAUCAGGACCAACUGGGCCACGAGGAAGCCUGCUCCUAAAACAACGAAUGAAACAGCCAGUAGCAAACAGCUCUCCUUUGAUGAGGUGUUAAACCAAUCCAGCCUCAGUAACUGUACUGUCUACUGCGGGGGAGUCACACAAGGUCUCACAGAGCAAUUAAUGAGACAGACUUUCUCACCUUUUGGCCAAAUAAUGGAAAUCCGUGUUUUCCCAGAGAAAGGCUACUCCUUUGUGAGGUUUAACUCCCACGAAGCAGCAGCUCAUGCCAUAGUUUCUGUUAAUGGCACUUCCAUAGAGGGCAACAUUGUGAAGUGUUACUGGGGGAAGGAAACAACAGAUAUCGUACAGGGUCCCAUUCAGCAGCAGAACACCUUGAGCUUCGCUGCCCAACCUUACAAUCAGUGGGGGCAGUGGUACAGCAACACACAGCAGAUCGGUCAGUACGUGCCCAAUGGAUGGCAGGUGCCAAGCUAUGGCGUCUAUGGGCAGGCCUGGGAUCAGCAGGGCUACAACCAUUUACAUGCUGGAGCUGGAUGGACGGGCGUGGGCGCUGUGAGCAACGGAGGCAUGGUGGAGGCUGGCCAGGGAGUCAACGGGACAAUGCUAACCAACCAGGCAGGCAUGAGCACCACUGGAUACCCCACCCACUGAUCACAGCAGCCCCCUCUUAGCGUCCAAGGACACAAGGAUUAUACUCUGCUGGGGAAAGGAGUGCACCAGAUGUGCUCUGACUUUCACAUCACAAAUUGUCUGUUAAUGAAGCUGGUCUGCCAUUUUUUUUUUCUUUUUAAACCAGCCCAAAGUCUCACCCACUGCCCAAAUACACAGGUUGAAGGAUGAUACACAUGCAAACACUGACAAAGCCACUGCUAAUGCACAUUGCAUUCCUAGGCCUGUUCUAAUGGCUUGGUGUCUUCAUGGCCAGAAAAAAAAAAGAAAUCUGUCAAGAUAUUCCUUA